AUGAAUGAAGCCUGGUACAUCGUAAAGCAGAUGCAACUGUUUCAGAACGGCGCUCGUGGCACGGCACCAGGCGAUAUGCACGGUAUGCAGAUGGCGAUGAUGUCAAAAGGCCCACAACUUGCUGGUGAGGAAGCUUUACAGAAUCUGGCAGCCUACAUUGGUACUUUCCCCGUGGUAGAUGUGCCCACCACCGUCAGCGGUGAUGCCGCUGCGGGCAAGACGUUGUACACCGUUUGUGCAGCCUGUCAUGGUCCAGCGGGCCAAGGUGUUGAAGCAAUGGCUGGGCCAAAACUUGCCGGUCAGAGUGACUGGUAUCUGGUGAAUCAGCUGAAAAAAUUCAAGCAGGGGCAGCGCGGCUACCACGACAUGGACCACGGUGGUCGGCAAAUGCGGCCGAUGGUAGGAACGCUGGUAGAUGACAAAGCGAUUAACGACGUUGAAGGUGCAAAUCUGCGUUCUGGACUUGGUCCAGCCGACGCGCAGCAGGUAAAAAUAUAUGUGCUGUCCGGUGUUUACCCUGAAGUGCUGCCGCUGUUCACCAGCCACAAUUUGACGCCUGUAUUAAACACCGCGGAACAGAUCCAGACCUGGAGCGCUGUGAAACGCCCCGCUGCGCUGCAUUUUGACAGCGGUAUGCAUCGUCUCGGUUUACCCCUGCAGCCCGAAAGCUUUAUUGGCCUGCCGUUUGAUGUUGAGCUGUUUGUCAGCCACUUUGCCAAUGCGGAUGAGCGUGGUCAUCCGUCUAUAAAUGAUCAACUGCAAAGUGCGCUGGUGUGUUUUUCGGCAUUGCGGACACAUUACCCGAAGGUGCAAUUCAGCCUGUCGAAUUCCGCAGGUGUGCUGAACGAUCUCGAUGUGCCGCAAAUGGGGCGUGCCGGGAUUGCGCUGUAUGGCGGUAAUCCAUUUGUAAAUGAAGACAAUCCGAUGCUACCGGUUGCUCAGCUGCAUGCCAGGGUGCUGCAGGUUUCUCAACUGCCCGCCGGGACAGCAAUAGGUUAUGGCGCAACGUAUACCACCACUGUAGAAACCGAAGUGGCAACACUGGGCGUAGGCUAUGCCGAUGGCGUACCGCGGCUGUUGUCGGGUAAAGGUAAUGUCUGGUUUACGACCGGUCAGGCCCCAAUGGUCGGGCGGGUCAGUAUGGACCUGAUCACUGUGGACGUUACGGGCCUGUCGGUAACUACCGGCCAAUGGGCGGAAGUCUGUGGUCCGAAGAUCAGCCUGGAUGAGGUGGCCAAGCAGGCUCAGACCAUCAGUUACGAAAUUCUGACUGGCUUAGGUCGUCGUUCAGAACGGGUCUACCUUGAGGGCGUGUUGAAGUAG